AUGGACACGGCCUGUCCCUGCUGUCACUUGGUGAGAGCCUUCUGCAUUAGCAUAAACGUGUCUGUCACUGAGCCGCGUCGUGAACACGGAGGUGAAGUGUCCCCUCAACCUGUGUCCCCUCCACCUGUGUCCCCUCAACCAGUGUCCCCUCCACGUGUGUCCCGUCCACCCGUGUCCCCUCCACCUGUGUCCCCUCCACCCGUGUCCCCUGCAACAGUGUCCCCUAAACCAGUGUCCCGUCCACCUGUGUCCCCUCCACCAGUGUCCCCUCCACCUGUGUCCCCUCCACCUGUGUCCCCUCAACGAGUGUCCCCUCCACCCGUGUCCCGUCCACCCGUGUCCCGUCCACCCGUGUCCCCUCCACCCGUGUCCCCUGCACCCGUGUCCCCUCCACCAGUUUCCCCUCAACCAGUGUCCCCUCCACGUGUGUCCCCUCCACCCGCGUCCCGUCCACCCGUGUCCCCGCCACCCGUGUCCCCUCCACCUGUGUCCCCUCCACCCGUGUCCCCUGCACCAGUGUCCCCUAAACCAGUGUCCCCUCCACCAGUGUCCCCUCCACCCGUGUCCCCUCCACCCGUGUCCCCUCCACCAGUGUCCCCUCCACCAGUGUCCCCUCCACCUGUGUCCCCUCCACCCGUGUCCCCUCCACCCGUGUCCCCUCCACCAGUGUCCCCUCCACCUGUGUCCCCUCCACCCGUGUCCCCUGCACCUGUGUCCCCUCCACCAGUGUCUCCCUCAGUGUGUCUGUGUUAUGAACACCUUCCUCUGUAG